GGAGAACCAGAAUUAACCCUCUCGCAAACGCUCCGUCGUCUCUUGAUCGCUGAUCCGUUCGCUAGAUUCCUUCAAGCUUCGAAACCCUAAUUAAUUGCCAUCGAUUGAAAGGAGGCAAAAUUUGGGCUUUCACAAGUGCUUCUUCUUCACUGAUAAUCAUCAGAUACAACAAUGUCAGCGUUGUUCAAUUUCCAUUCGUUUUUGACGGUGGUGCUGCUUGUGAUCUGCACAUGCACUUAUCUCAAGAUGCAGUUCCCUGCCAUUCUUGAGCAGAAAACUGGGUUUCGAGGAUUCUUUUGGAAAGCUGCUAGAAUAGGUGAGCGUUUGAGCCCUUGGAUGUCCGUGGGAUGCUUCAUGAUGGGUGUCUCCAUCAUUUUCUUUUGAGUCUAACAGAACCGGCUUUUGUCUUAAUUGAGAUACUUAGUUUUCUGUAUGCAAAACGAUUCUAUGAGUCAGAAUAUAUAUUCUACAUAUUUGGAUUAUGGGGUUGGUCUUGUAUUUGUUGUGUUGUUUUAACUUGACUCUAUAAGUCAGUCUCGAAUUGUUUGCUCGGUAUGAUGGGGUCUCCGUGUGACCUGAAGUUUUGUUUAUGCAAUUACCAAAUCAAAUACCGUCCCAAGCUUCUUUGUACUUCGAAAGCUUGCUGUAAUAUAUGGUAAUGACAUCAAAUUGAUACACUUAUCU